AUGCUACGCAGACGAUCUACGAAGCGUCGAAAAAGCAGGUGAGGAAGCAUGUUGAUCCGCGCUCUUCUCUUCACUCACUGACGGUCAACAUCGCCACCCUGCAGGCUGUCACCGUACACCGGCAAUCCCGUGCCACCCCUUCCGGCGUCUUUCCUUUCUGGACUCUUCGGGACUUUUGUGACUCCUGCGUCUGCUAUGAGCAGUGCAGCCGCGUUUGGCGCAGGCGUCAAGAACAUAAAGGUGGAGAAAGCCGCGUUGGAUGCGGUGGACGACGCGUAAGUCAGGGCGUACACGCGAGAUGUAGGCAGAGCAGCAAGGUUGACGACAUCAUUCCGUCCCCCUGAACAGAUCGCACGAGUUCUUCGCUACCUUUUCCCAGAAGCUUGCAGACCAGGCGACAAGAUCGGGUCGCAAUGGUACGAUCACGGAGGGUGACGUGGUGGCAGUGAUGAAAGCGUGAGUCAUGGUGCCGCUUCUUCCCUUUACCUUGUCAAGCCCCAGCGCUCACAAUCCUCCUGCCGGGUACCAUCUUCAGCGAGGGCUUCGUGACACCAAGGCAGUCCGUCUCCUCUUUGGCGCGCCGCUUCCUCCCUAAGGAGUUCAGCGACUUGGUCACACCGCUACCCAAGAGCCAAGGACCAUCGAAGAUUGACAAGGGCAAGAGAAAGGCUGGAGAGGCCAAGAGAAACAAGAGGGAUGACUCUGACCCAAGCACAGUCGGUACCAGCGCGCACAGAGGUAAUGGCGCCACGAGCAGCAACGUGAAACGGUACAAGAAGUGA